GGACAGCAAAAAGGAAAACCAAAAACCAAAAUGACAAACAAAACUCAUUCGUUUUGGGACAGCAAAAAGCAUGAAAAGGCACUGUUGGUGGCGCCCUACUGUACUCCACAAAAACAAAAAACGUGGUUUCAAGAUGGCGACCUCCAUGGAUCUGUUCAAAAAACUUGGUGCUGGGUUGAAGUUUGACUUGCAGCGUUUCAGAAGUGAUGCCGAAAAAUUCCAGGUCAUCAAACCGACGUCGAAGAAGAUCACCAAACAGGAAGUCGAAAGAGCCUUGGACAUCUUUGGCUCUGCAAAGAGUUUGCCAAAAUCACCUCAAGAUGGGCACAAUGUCAAUGCGCAUGCAGCCACACAAAGCCAUAACAAAACAAAUGUGGAAGCAAAGAAACGCAAGCCGGAGGAAGAACAUUCUGCAUCCACGAAGAGGAAAAAGGAGAAGAUAGGCGGCAAAGGUACGGAGAAGGCGGAGACGACAGAAGAUGGAGGCGGAUUACAGCUGAUGUCAUCAUUGCAACUGAAGAUAAAAAAGGACGAAAAUAAGAAGCAAUCUGCUGACAAGUUGGAGCAGAAAAGACGAGAGGAAGUCAAUGCAUUCAGGAAGCAGCACAAGAUCCACGUUUGGGGCACGGACAUUCCCGAUCCAGUGGGGACAUUCCACGCUCUCCAGAAUGAAUACAGCCUGCACUCGGACACCAUUGAGAACAUUCACCGUGCUGGGUUCGUGCAGCCAACGCAGAUACAGAUGCAGGCCAUACCAGUCAUGCUACAUAGACGUGAGUUAUUGGCCUGUGCACCCACUGGCUCCGGCAAAACAGCGGCAUUUAUUCUUCCGAUUCUUGCCCAUUUGAAGGAGCCAAAAAAGAAGGGCUUUCGUGCGGUGGUGGUCUCGCCGACACGCGAGCUGGCCAAUCAGACGUACCGGGAGUUCCAGAGAUUAGCCGAGGGGCGGGGCUUGCGUGUCCACCUCAUCGAGAGCACGGCAAAAGCCGUCAAGAAAUUUGGUCCUGAAUCCUCUCAAAAGUUUGAUAUCCUGGUCACCACUCCCAACAGACUCGUCUUUCUUCUGAAUCAGGAACCGCCAGGAAUCAAACUAAACAAUGUGGAGUGGCUCAUCAUCGACGAAUCAGACAAGCUCUUUGAGGAAGGCAGGGCAGGGUUUAGGGACCAGCUAGCGACGAUCUACCGGGCGUGUGACUCCACCCACGUACGACGCGCCAUGUUCAGCGCCACGUUUACGCACGACGUCGAGCAGUGGUGCAAGCUGAACCUUGAUAACGUCGUCACGGUAACAGUUGGACAGAGAAAUACAGCCACGGAACUCAUUCAACAAGAGUUGGUUUUCGUUGGGGGAGAGCACGGUAAACUCCUGGCUGUCCGAGAAAUUUUCAGAAAAGGUUUCCAUCCACCGGUUCUCGUUUUCGUCCAAUCCAAAGACCGAGCCAAAGAGCUUUUUCAGGAGCUUAUCUAUGACGGUUACAACGUUGACGUCAUCCAUGCUGAUAAGACACAGAUGCAGCGCGACAAUAUUGUCAAGAGUUUCCGCUCGGGCAAAAUCUGGGUCUUGAUCGCCACUGAGCUGAUGGGACGAGGCAUCGACUUUAAAGGAAUCAACCUGGUCAUCAACUACGACUUCCCGACGUCAGCGAUCAGCUACAUCCAUCGCAUCGGGCGGACGGGGCGAGCGGGGCGACCGGGAAAAGCCGUCACGUUCUUCACGGAGGAUGACUCGGUGCAUCUAAGAAGUAUAGCUAAUGUGAUGCGCAACGCAGGGUGCCCAGUACCGGACUACAUGCUACAACUCAAGAAACUCACCAAAGGCAAAAGGAAGAAGCUUGAGAGACAGCCAGUCAAGCGAGACACGAUCAGGACUCUGCCGAAGCAAGAUCUGGACAAAGCUAAAAAGAAAAGAGAAAUUAUCAAGAAAGGCCUGAAGAAGAAACAAAAAAAAUCCCUAAAUAGGAAAGGGUCAACGGUCGUAGCAAAGUAGCAUGGAGAACCCACCAAGAAGAAAACCAAAGAGCCAACACCGGUGCUGACUGGAGAGAAGAAGCAGAAAACAAACAAAGUGUCAAAGGUCAAAGUUCAGGGAGCUGCCACCGGAAGAAAGAAAUCACAAUCAACCAAAGUCGAGGGAAAUUUUUCCGGAAAACAGACAAGUGUGAUGCGGACAGAUGGUUCAACAACCAAAAAGGGAAAAAAAAGCAGGAAAGAAACAAACUAGUUUAAUUUGAAAUUAACAAUGUUUCUCUUAAUAUUGUUUUUAAACGGUUGCCAAUUCUGACUCUCACUUGGCCCACAUGUCACUACCUAGCGUGCUUAUUAUUAUUACUCACAAAACAAAUCUAGCCCCCAAAUGUACAGACGAUUUCACGUUCAGUUAUUUUGACAUUUUAACAUUUGAACUUCAACAUAACACUCUAGGGGUCUACAUAUUUUAAGAAUUUCACUUUUUAACUCGCUCAGAUUUUUGUUGAUUUAACUGGUGUUCAGUUUGUUCGAGUUUUCUUAACUCCUUAUUUUCUUACAACAUUUGCUGUCGCUGUAGUUUUAAGAAAUGGAUGGAUUUGGGGGUAGGUAUUUUAUAGUAAAUAUUGUUACACUGACGUGUUUGAAGUUUUGUGUUCAUAGAUACGUUGUACUAACAACAUGUGGACUAACUAAACUUUGGCAAAUUUGGGGCAGUAUUUAAAAAAAAAUAAGUUUUUUUUCCAAUGAUGGUCAGCCGACCAUUGUUGGAAAUUAAUACACAAAUUCCACUUUCCAUGAGAGUGACAUCACACCAGGUGCCAUGAUUUCACAGGAUGCUUGAGACUUACAGUCAAGUAAGAGGCUUGAUCAUAAUUUGGUAGUUUUGUGUUUUGAUGUGUUGGCAAAUGUUGCAUAUUGCUUUUAACCUCAAGUUUCUUUUUACUAAUUUAGCCCUUGACAAAAAAAUUCUGGGCAUAUUUCACCUUUGUAUUCAAUCGAUGAGUGUAAUAUGCCAAUGCUAUGUAGUUCGGGUUUCUCCAGUCAUAGGAAAAUCCUUGAAUUUAAAGCUAUCGUGGAAAACAUGCAUGGAAAAGUCACAGAAGUUGAUAUGCCAAGGAAAAAGGUCACAGAAGAGAGUCGUUGCAUCCUGCACAACCCAUACAUCAUGGUGCUUAAUAUUUGGCUGUGGCAGUCUUCCAGUUCGCAUUUCAGUACUAUACUUUCUCUUGAUAUACUCGAUACUUGUUGCAGGGUUCAUUGUGAUGCUUUGUGGUGCUCAGCAGACUUGUGUCAAACUACAAGGCUGAAAGGGAGUGGCGUUCCUUGCCUCAUUGUGAUGACUGCCCAGUGUAUUGUAAAUAGGCUCCUCAGAUGCCAAAACAGCAUAGAAAUUGGUCACAGAAAACCCUAAUAUUGGUGUGGAAAAUUAAAAGUCAAGGAAUUUCAUUU